GCUGUUUGCGUCGCGAGAGUGUCGUGUGUGCUUUCGUCGUAGCCGAUAGAGAUUUUCGUUUCAGAUCUUUUAUGCUUGGCUCCAACUAUUUCCCAGGUUAAGUCCUCAGUUUACCUUCGUCAAUCAAGCCGGCCGCAAGGAAUAAGUUUUCGUUGUGCUCGCUCCUCGCUUGAAUGCGCGCUCGCGAUCUGCGGCUCCGAGGCUCCGAGAUCGUGGUAAUCAUUUCAUUCUUGUCUGUUCCUUCUGGUUUUUGGCUUAGUCAGUGGUUUAGUUUUGGAGAUGUCGGUCGGUCGAUCGGUCGAGUCCGUUGGGCGCUGAACGGGGUUCGGAUGCUGUGCGCGGUCUGCCGGUAUCAUCACGCCGUCAGGCAUCAUUGACUUCUAUCAACACUGUAUUACCGGACUGAAGUGGUGCUUCCUAUAAAUCUUCUUCCUCGGGGUGACCACCAUGCUUUCGAACCAGUGAAGUGAAUUCAGUGAUGUGCUUUUCGUUGGAUGUAGAUACAGUAUCGGACAAAACUAAAAAAAUCAGAAAAGAAAUGCAUAUUUUAAAAAGCUUCAGCCUCUACAAUUGAUUGAAUUAAUUGGUGUUUACUAAAUACUGAAGAGUUCAAAUUGAACUAGUAAUAGUUAUCAAUAUAAGUUCAAAUAUAAUGAUUUUCACAUAUAAAAUCCAAACAAAACAUAUCAAAAAAGAAUAGAAAAAACAAUUUAUCCGUUUCGACAAAAAUUGUAACAACAAGAAAUUUUCAUUGAUUUUGCAGUUGAAAUACACAAAUAUUUAGUUAAAUUACCAUUUUUGGAAAUUUACAAUUCCUUUUUGCAAACCUUAAUAUAUUCUUGAUAAUAUUAUGUUUUUUUCAUAAAAAAAACAGUUUAGUAUGAAUUGAUAACGUAAUCAUUCGAACAAAUAACAUAAUUCAAUCUUGAUGCUGAAUAAAAUAUGAUUCUACUAAUACUUUUGUCCGAUACUGUGACAGUUUCUCUUCGUCCUGUUGGCUACUAAUACCCCAAACCCAUCGUGGAGACUCUACGGCUUACAAUCUCGGCUGUUAUCUCAGUUUUUAUAUUUUAUUUUAAUUUGAUAUUUUAUCACAACCCAAACAAUCUUGAAAAGGAUGGUCAGCAAAAAGGAAAGAGACGAAUUAGUGAGCCAGCGAAGAAGAUGAUACGGAAUGCAGAAGUCAAGCCAGUCAGCAUACGCAGUUCAAGGAGCAAAAUGAGAUUUAAAUGUUAACCAUAAAAACGUCUUGUUCGAAAAGUAACUUACAAAUUGAUCCUCGCGCACGGUGUCGCACUCAGAUGGCUAGUGUUAAUGGGACCGGUACAUAACAUUGGUGUUAUUUUAUGAGCUUAUAAUUGUUCACUGAUUGAGUGUGGUCGGUGGAAGUGAGUGAGUACGUUGAGCUGCUAAGAGAUUACAUAAAUUUGCAUAAGCCGACAACUGCCAUCUUUCAUCUACCCGUGUGUGCGUGUGUGUAUGUGACCAGUGAGAUCUGAUGCAAAUCGAAGAAGAGCGGCUCGAAGAUUCAGAGUGUUUACCUACUAUUCCACUGGCCCUCUGGACAACGACGAUCUCGGUGGCACCGACGGCAGGAGUCUGCUCACUUAUGGAUUUUCCAGCGAUGCCCAAGGAUGAUUGAUGAAAGUCAUAAUAAGCAACCGCAUGCUAUCAACCAAUUAUCAUGAUCUGGAUCUUAUUUCAACGGGACAAUGAUCGCACGUGUUGUGGAUUAAAAUGAGAAACGUUCGUCUGAUCAUAUUUAUCAUACUUAUGUUUGUGGAAAUAAGACUCGCCGAAAGUUUCACAUCCUCUGUGCUUUGUUCGCGUAUCCCAGGACUUUCGUCGUAUCAACGUCAACUCUGUGUUGAAGCACCGGAUGCUGUUGUAUCACUCAGUACAGGUCAAAAACUAGGCGCCCAGGAGUGUCAACAUCAAUUUAGAGGUCAUCGCUGGAAUUGUACACAAGUUUGGAAGAAGGACAUGUUUGGACAUAUCGUGAUAAUUGGCUCUCGUGAGGCUGCGUUUACGUAUGGAAUCACAAGCGCCGGGGCUGUCCAUGCGAUAACGGCAGCAUGCGCCAAAGGAAACAUCACAAUGUGCGGUUGCGAUUCAAAGCAGAAGAUGCAAUUUUCCACGGAAAGUGAUAGCUGGAAAUGGGGCGGAUGCUCCGCUGAUAUCGGCUUUGGAAUGCGAUUCACCAAGAAGUUCCUGGAUGCACGGGAGAUCGAAAACGAUGAUCGAAGUCUGAUGAAUCUUCACAACAACCGGGUGGGUCGAAAGAUUGUCAAAUUGUUGCUUCGUACGGAGUGCAAAUGCCAUGGUGUGAGUGGAUCAUGCGCCAUGAAGACCUGUUGGAAAAGUUUACCUCCGUUCCAUGCAAUCGGUGACAUCAUGAUGAAAAAAUACCGCAAGGCAAAACUGGUGCAGGCCACCCGGGUAGCGAUGGCGGUGACGUCGGCUGGAAAAACCAACAACGGGCAGCUGCAGCUGGUUCUGAAAAGGAGAGGCAAAUUGCCACAUACCACUGUAAACAGUCAAAAACCAAAGAGAAUGGAAUUGGUUUAUCUACAACCCUCGCCAAACUACUGCGAACGGGAUCUGGCGUCUGGCAUACUGGGGACGAUUGGGCGCCAAUGCAACCGAACUUCGACUUCAAUGGACAAAUGUGACCUGCUAUGCUGCGGGCGAGGCUACAAUACGCACCAGAUUGUGAAAAGCUGGCAAUGCAACUGUAAGUUCAAAUGGUGUUGCACCGUCAACUGCGACAUUUGCACCGAACGAUCCGAGGAGUACACAUGUAAAUAGGGAGCCAAAUGAUUUAUUGAAUUUAUUGUAAAUAACGUAAAAAACGAGUUUUAGCUUUACCUUAGUUGUGUUUUGUGUCAUGGACAAGAAUCAGUAUUAUUUGUAUUUUUAAUAAAUUUAUUUAUAACAAG